GCACAGAGAGGCCUUGCCAAGGGCAGACAAGCACGGGAGUGCCCUUUUCAGGUGUAAUUUGAAAUCUCUGGUUGGAGGUAGCUGCAGGCAAGCACGCUUAGGCUCACACACGACUCACGCAUGUCUCCAGGUUGACAUUCAAAGUCAGUGUACUAAGAAAUCAUACACAGGGGGACUUUCAAGGGCACAAAAAUGAGUACAGUAUUCUCUCCCCUGCCAAAAAUCCUGUCUUCUUAUCCUGAAUUAAACCAGGCCCAGCCUGGUCACACUUUGACUCUUCCCUGUUCAAAAGUUUUGUCGGGGAUGUGAUGGAGAUGGAGAGAGGGCAAAGCUGUGGCCGGUGGCCAGCUGGGAAGGAGAACUGCAUCCAUGGGUACCACUCACCGGUGUGGCUAUCGGUCGUAGUCCAAAGCAAUGAUGCUCAUUUAGCAGGGAUACACGUCAGGCCCUUGGGUUACGGUAAAAACCAAACCAAACCAAACCAAACCAAACCCUCAUAUCAGUGAUGGCCUAGGGAGGCAGCUCAUGUGUGAGAUACCUUGGGGAUUCAGGUGACUCUGAGCCCUGAACAAAUCAACUGUGUCACAUGCCUGCUGUAGAUGAGCUGCUACUUAUUGAGGCAACGGGGGUAGGGUAGGGAUGUCCAGUGCCCAGGAAGAGCCAGGCAGCCUUAUUGCAGAGCAGGGUUCUCGGAGAUGUUAGGUUCAGUUUAGGAUGGAGAAGGGUGCACAUUGUGUGUGUGUGUAUGUGUGUGUGUGUGUGUGUGUGUUACAAGAGCUGCCUGCCUCCCCCUGGCUGUGGGGCUGUCACCUGUAGGAUAAGGAUGCUGAUUGUGAAAUAGGUCCUAUGAUUGUUGCAGGCAAGAAAACAUGGCUCAGAGAGGCUAAGCAACUUCCCAAGAUCACACAGUUAGUACGUGGCAGAACUGGGACUUGAACUCAAGUCUCUCCAACUCAAAUCCAUGCACUUGGCACCAGAUUAGCAUUUGCUGUGUACCUUCCUGAGGCAGAACCCAGAUGGAUGAGUUUCCAAACAUGAUGUUCAACCAUAAAAUGGAAGGAAUGAGCACCUAGCCCGGCAUGUUCUUCCCAGCCCCCGCCCUCUGGGCUGCGCUUGGACACUCAGCUAACCUCUGUCUCUUUCUCUUUGUCUGUCUGUGUCUGUCUGUCUCCCCCUCUCUCUGCCUCUCUUUGUGGUGGGAGGUUCCCCCUCUUCUCUUUCAUCCUCUGGAUGUGUGUCCCUCUGACUCUGGCCUUUGUCUCCUUUCUGCCACUCCUUCCUCUCUGUCCCUCUGCCUCCCUCCCCGUGCCUAUCCUGGUCUCUCCACAGGACCCUCCGGUGGACAUGGGUGGGGCCCUGGGGCCAGCCUUGCUACUCACCUCACUCCUCGGUGCCUGCGCAGGGCCGGGCCCUGGGCAGGGCGAGCAGGCUGUGACAGUGGCCGUGGUGUUUGGCAGCUUGGGGCCAUCGCAGGCCCAGGCCCGUAUCCGCCUCACCCCCCAGAGCUUCCUGGACCUGCCCCUGGAGAUCCAACCACUCACUGUGGGGGUCAACAACACCAACCCCAGUAGUCUUCUCACCCAGAUCUGUGGGCUCCUGGGUGCUGCCCGCGUCCAUGGCAUCAUCUUUGAGGACAACAUCGGCACUGAGGCCGUGGCCCAGAUCCUGGACUUCAUCUCCUCCCAGACCCACGUGCCUAUCCUCAGCAUCAGUGGGGGCUCUGCCGUGGUCCUCACCCCUAAGGAGCCGGGCUCCGCCUUCCUGCAGCUGGGCGUGUCCCUGGAGCAGCAGCUGCAGGUGCUGUUCAAGGUGCUGGAGGAGUACGACUGGAGCGCGUUCGCCGUGAUCACCAGCCUGCACCCGGGCCACGCGCUCUUCUGCCGCGGCCACCCCGGGCGCAUCAGCCCUGCCCGGGAGGCCUUCUACAGGCAUCUACUGAAUGUCACAUGGGAGGGCCGGGACUUCUCCUUCAGCCCUGGUGGGUACCUGGUCCAGCCCACCAUGGUGGUGAUCGCCCUUAACCGGCACCGCCUCUGGGAGAUGGUGGGGCGCUGGGACCACGGCAUCCUCCACAUGAAGUACCCAGUGUGGCCUCGCUACGGUGCCUCCCUGCAGCCCGUGGUGGACAGCCGGCAUCUGACAGUGGCCACGCUGGAAGAGCGACCCUUUGUCAUCGUGGAGAGCCCUGACCCUGGCACAGGUGGCUGCGUGCCCAACACCGUGCCCUGCCGCCGGCAGAGCAACCACACCUUCAGCAGUGGUGACGCGGCCCCCUACACCAAGCUUUGCUGUAAGGGCUUCUGCAUCGACAUCCUCAAGAAGCUGGCCAAAGCGGUCAAGUUCUCCUAUGACCUGUACCUGGUGACCAAUGGCAAACAUGGCAAGAGGGUGCGCGGCGUGUGGAACGGCAUGAUUGGGGAGGUGUACUACAAGCGGGCAGACAUGGCCAUCGGCUCCCUCACCAUCAAUGAGGAGCGCUCCGAGAUCGUGGACUUCUCCGUGCCCUUUGUGGAGACAGGCAUCAGUGUGAUGGUGGCUCGCAGCAACGGCACCGUCUCCCCAUCGGCCUUCCUGGAGCCCUACAGCCCCUCGGUGUGGGUGAUGAUGUUUGUCAUGUGCCUCACCGUGGUGGCCAUCACUGUCUUCAUGUUUGAGUACUUCAGCCCUGUCAGCUACAACCAGAACCUCACCAGUGGCAAGAAAUCUGGGGGCCCGUCUUUCACCAUCGGCAAGUCUGUGUGGCUGCUGUGGGCACUGGUCUUCAACAACUCGGUGCCCAUCGAGAACCCCCGGGGCACCACCAGCAAGAUCAUGGUCUUGGUCUGGGCCUUCUUUGCCGUCAUCUUCCUUGCUAGCUACACCGCCAACCUGGCUGCCUUCAUGAUCCAGGAGCAGUACAUCGACACUGUGUCUGGCCUCAGUGAUAAGAAGUUUCAGCGGCCUCAUGAUCAGUACCCACCUUUCCGCUUCGGAACGGUGCCCAACGGCAGCACAGAGCGGAACAUCCGCAGCAACUACCGGGACAUGCACACCCACAUGGUCAAGUUCAACCAGCGCUCAGUGGAGGAUGCGCUUACCAGCCUCAAGAUGGGGAAGCUGGAUGCCUUCAUCUACGAUGCCGCCGUCCUCAACUACAUGGCGGGCAAGGACGAGGGCUGCAAGCUGGUCACCAUUGGCUCUGGCAAGGUCUUUGCCACCACCGGCUAUGGCAUCGCCAUGCAGAAGGACUCCCACUGGAAGCGGGCCAUAGACCUGGCGCUCCUGCAGUUCCUGGGGGACGGGGAGACUCAGAAGCUGGAGACGGUGUGGCUCUCUGGGAUCUGCCAGAAUGAGAAGAAUGAGGUCAUGAGCAGUAAGCUGGACAUCGACAACAUGGCCGGUGUCUUCUACAUGCUGCUUGUGGCCAUGGGGCUGGCCCUGCUGGUCUUCGCCUGGGAGCACCUGGUCUACUGGAAGCUGCGCCACUCAGUGCCCAACACAUCCCGGCUGGACUUCCUGCUGGCUUUCAGCAGGGGCAUCUACAGCUGCUUCAGCGGGGUGCAGGGCCUGGCCAGCCCCGCGCGGCAGCCCAGCCCAGACCUCACGGCCGGCUCGGCCCAGGCCAGCGUGCUCAAGAUGCUGCAGGCGGCGCGAGACAUGGUGACCACGGCAGGCGUGAGCAGCUCCCUGGACCGCGCCACGCGCACCAUCGAGAGCUGGGGGGGCGGCCGCCGUGCGCCCCCGCCACCCGCCUGCCCCAAUCCGCGGCCGCCCACCCCCAGACCACCCCCCGAGCCGAGUCCCACGGGCUGGGGGCCGCCAGGCUGGGGCCGCGCCGCGCUGGGGCGCAGGGCCUCGCAGCCCCCGGGCCGUGCCCCGACGCCCGGGCCCUCCCUGCCCGACGUCUCACGGGUGUCGGGCCAGCCGGCCUGCGAGGCACCUCGGCAGGUGCGGGCGGGGCGCUUCGGGCGGCACCUCUGGGCUUCCGAGCGGCGCGCGCUCCCAGAGCGACCCCUGUCGCCCGAGCGCUGCCACUACAGCUCCUUCCCUCGAGCAGACCGGUCGAGGCGUCCCUUCCUCCCGUUCUUCCCAGAGCCCCCAGAGCCCGAGGAACUGCCGCUGCUCGGGCCGGAGCAGCUGGCCCGGCGGGAGGCCCUCCUGUGCGCGGCCUGGGCCCGGGGGUCGCGCCCACGCCACGCUUCUCUUCCCAGCUCGGUGGCCGCGGUUUUUGUUCGGCCCAGCUCAGGGCCCGCCGGGUGUGCCCGACCCACCUGCGGGCGGUUGGCGCAGGCGCAGUGGAUGAGGCUGCCGUCCUACCGGGAGGCCUGCCAGGAGGGGGUGUGGGUAGGGGGCCCCGCCUGGCCGCACAGACAGCACACCUGCCUCCAUGCCCAUGCCCACCUGCCGCUUUGCUGGAGGUCUGUCUGCCCUCACCUCCCACCCUGUGCCAAACACGGCCCCUGGCUCUCUGGGGCUUGCGGGCCUCUGGGGCACAGGGGCAGGACCCUGGGGCUGAGCACACGCUACAGGGACAGUGGGGGGCUGGAAGAGGACAGCAGAGUGGCUUGUGGGAUGCACGGCUUCCCCCGACCUUGCACCUGGAGGAGGAUCUCCAGCUUGGAGUCGGAAGUGUGAGGUGUCAGCUACUCUGGUUCCUCCUCAGCUGGAUUCUCUGCCUGGCACUGCCAGCAUUAGGGGGCAGAUGGGCUUGGGCUUUUCUGGCUUCUGCAGUGAAAUCCUGGCAACCCAGGGACAGAUGAUGUCUUCCACGGUCAGUUCAGCGACCUCAGCAGCCUCAGGUCCUGGUGUGGGCUGGACUUUUGCUGUCUUCUUAUGCAAGGCCCUUCACACCUGGCCUAAAGUCACAGGGAGCAGUGGGGUCUCCCAACUCUGCUGUGAGCGGGUCCCUGGUCAUGGCUCCUGGGGGCUUGGGCAUGGGAGCAUGGAGGCUGGAACUUGGGGUUGGGGCAGGGCUCUCCUACUCCUUAUUCCACCUGGCUGGAGUUUCUUCUCAGAGUGUUGGGACAUUAAACAAACCUUUUACAACUCA